UGGAGAGUUAUGAGGCUUCUCAUCCUCGUAGGUGAUCCUCCGCAUGGGAUAAGAUGAAUGCGAAAAAGCGGGGUCGCGGCAAAGGCCUGUACGCGUCCGCGCUUAGCAAUAUUCGCAUACCGGGUACCAUGUAUACACUGAAGUCUUAUGAACGGCUAUCGCCAAUCAUUCAUCUCCAGCCCAAGGUUUCAUCAUAUCUUUUGUUCAUAGGCUUGAAUAGCCACGAUGUUGAAGACUUUUGACAGCAGCGAUAUGAGCGAGGUGACAGGAAAGCCUCAUACCAGAGGUUCCGACAACUCGGCGACGCCAGCGAAUCCAUCGUCCGCGGUCCCACAAACUACGGCACCACCCGAGCCCCCUCGCCGCCAACAGAUGCGUAGCUGCGACUCGUGCAAGCGCGGAAAACGAGCUUGCGAUGCAGACAAACGUGUCGACUUUGCGAAUCAGACGUGUUCGAACUGCCUUCGAAAGAACCAAGUCUGCACCUUCAACUGGCUGAAGACAGCGUCGGUGAACCAUCAAGAGCGGGAAAGAAAGCGGAGGCGUUCAGAAGAGCAGAACGAUUGUGAUCAACUCGAAGAACAUGCAGCGAGUGGCUCUGUCAGCUAUCAGUAUCAAAUACCACCUGAAUCUAUCGCGAACAAAGCUCACUACGAAACUCAAGAUCAAGGCACACAGUGGCCAUCAUCUCAAGACGAAAACGAGGCACACGAAGACUACUUCAACAACCCACCGAGGGACGACGCGGAUAACAUAGCCGAAGAAUCGAAACCCUUGGAGAACCUAGACUCAGUGCAAUCGGGCACGAAUGUUGAUCAGGGAUUAUUUAAGUCGCGAGACUCGCGGAGAAACUCUUUCGCCCUGCGUCCUCAUCGUCGAAACCAGAGAGACGAUGCCUCAUCUCCGUUCAUGGACAUACUACUGGGGGAAAGAACGUCUCGGGGGUUCGUGACCAACGGGUUACUACGCAUUUACAACGACAGUAUGGAAAACUCUCUCUCAUGCUGGCUCACAGAGCACAACUGCCCAUACACGAUGACGCGCUACAAACCUUCUCUCCUCUCAGCGAGCAAGGCUACACGGGAAUGGAGUGGCACCUGGUCAAACAGAAUGUACAAUCGCGUACUUCAACUUGAUCGAGCCUACGCAUCCCUUCGCAUUCGAAAACCAACGGUCGAGGAAGAACGUACAAUCUCCAAAGCGCUCAAUAUGACCAUCAUGUCUUUCGCGUCACAGUGGGCCCAAGCAGGGGAGAGAGGCGCAGGAGGUCGUGCGACAGACCCUCAAUUUACGGCAGACAGGUUCCCUCAGUCGAAUGAAUUUGAGCGAUCCAUGCAAGAAACACUCUGGCACCAAACAUCUCAGCUACUGCAUCGGGCUGCUGACAUCGGCUCUUUCCGUGUUAUCUUUGCCUUGAUCAUCUUCUCGCUGACCCAGCGGCCCUUGGACACCACACGGCAAUCUACACGUACGGAUCCUAAGCUGAGAACGCAUUACGAACAUUUCCAAGCUUUGGUACAGGAUGAUGAUGCCCCCAUCUUCUUGGAGAUAGCUUUGCGACAGCUCCUCGCUCAACGACGUAGAUUGGAGCGUGUGGAACAAGACCUGGGACGAGAUCCCCUCCAGCAAGAAGACAGAGAUACUUUCAAUCUGCUAUAUUGGCUUGGCGUUAUGUUCGAUACCCUUUCUGCAGCAAUUUCUCAACGUCCAGUAGUGGUCGACGACGAAGAUAGCGAACUACCACCUCCAACUAACAACGCGUACACCGAACCCUUCACCUGGCCUAAUCCUCCGACUAUGUGCAGUGACCAAUUUGCAAUGCCAGAAAACCUUUCUAGAAUUUCCGACGACUCUUCAGCGACUCAGGGUUCUGGAGGUAAUGCGGUAUGGGGCGAUCUCUUCACGCGCGAUGGGGCUUUGGAAGUGGAUCCUGGAGCAGCACGAUGGCCAUGUAGCUACAAAGUUGCCGCUGCAACACUCAGCUCUGCUGCACCAGUGAAGGUGCUUCUAUAUCGCCGCGUCGCACAUCUUCAAGCUUUGGUGUCACGAAAGGCUCCCCCAGCUAGGAUUGAGUCAGGUAUAAACGGCGCAUUUCAUGUCUACAACCACUGGCAUCGCACCUACGCCCCCUUCUUCUCCGAUUGCGUAAAGCACCACGCCACCCUCCCUACACGCGUGCAGUCCUGGUACAUCCUGCUAGCAGGCCACUGGCAUCUCGCAACCUUCCUACUUUCCGAUCUCCUAUCCACGAUUGACAGCACGAAACUCUCUUCGCCGAACGAACGCACCCUCCGCCAGGCAUCGAACCUCGUUGAUACGCUACGGCGACAGAAUGCGCUAGCAGUGGCUGACCUGAGUCUAGCUAGCAUACACAGCGUAAAGGACAAAGAAGGAACAGACGACUUUCACUUUGCGCUGAGCCAAGCUGCGCUCUUGACAGAGCCGUGGACUGUAGUUUUCGUGCGCUCAUUAUGCAGAGCAGGAUACGUCCUAGUCCAGGUCGUCGCUGCAGAGACGAUCGAAGAGGAACGAGACCAAGCCAUACGCAGAUGUCGCGAUUGCAUCGAAGGUCUCUGGUAUCUCGGUCGGAAAUCAGACAUGGCGUUCCUGGCGGCACGAUAUCUAUCGGAUAUGUUGGAUGAAGCUAUACGCGACACUAGUGCACGGACGAUGACGGAGGAAAUGGGCAGCGAUUCUGCAACCGUGUCGUCUCAAUUUGGUGCCAACUCGAGUCCUGGGACGGAUGCGGUGGUACCUGGAUAUCAGCAGCCGUUCAGUUCGAUUGGGGCUUUUCCAUCGUGGACGGAUGCGGAUUUGAUGGGUAGCUGCCAGCCGGGUAGUAAGAUGAAUGAGGGCGAUGUAUUGAACAUGGAGACCCCUUUGAACGUUGAUAGUGCGCUGCUUUGGGACUUUAGUCUGCAAAGAUGAUAAGUGUAUAUCAGACUCAGCCAAAACCGAAGUGUGGAGAUGUUACGCAUCUAAUUCAACUCACAUAUCGUAGCGAUCUAUUGACGAAGCUUAAUGUAUGUUGAAUAUUACUGCGCCUCAAUGGUGCGUGGGACUUGACCGGUCCCGAUAUGUGCCAAUAGAAGUGUGGCACGCUGCAGAUCCAAUGUUACACAGCAGUAAGAGCACAAAUUCGGGUUACCCC